GGUCUAGUGCUAUUGGGAUCCUCAUGGCUGUAGAUCAAACUGCCCGGAGGGCCAUCCGGCAGGAUGUUGGAAGCCCUACACACCUAAAAAGGCAGCCCAGUGGUCCUUAUGGCUGACGAAGAGGAGUAAGUGGAGCUGAGGUUCCAUCAGAAGAACGGGAAAGAAGGUAGAUAACUCAUAAGAAGCAUCGAUGUGGUGGACAGGAAGGGAGAGGAGAAGAAGAGACCAUGAACAAAAACGCUGGACCUACAGGAACAAGAACACACUGUAUGUCCUGGGUGUUGGGGCUAGUGGACCUAGGGAAAAGAGAGAUUGGGCAGGUCUGGAGAGUGGCAGGGGUUGGGAGUUGAGGGGGAUGGGAUGGGAGGAUGCUGUAUUCAGUGCAGCGAGGAUGGGGGCCGGGCAACGAGAAGGGCUGGGGCUGUGUUUUUCUGAGCUUUCAGUAUCUCCUCCCUUCACGUCUCCCGGGGCUGAGCCUCCGCGGCUGCCCGCCCCUAAUCUUCGGGCGGAGGCUUCAGCAAAAUCCUGUCGUGAGCUCUGCCUAUGGAAAAGGGACCUCGCUGCUGCACCUUUCCUCUUGGCCGGCCACGGCCCUUAAAUCGCUCAUCCGACCUAGGCUUGUGACCAAUUCUGCCCAGUAGGAUGAACUGGACUGCUGCCACGUGCUGGGCUCUGCUGCUGGCAGCCGCCUUCCUUUGUGACAGCUGUUUGGCCAAGGGCGGCCGCGGAGGCGCUCGAGGCAGUGCCCGAGGGGUGCGCGGAGGUGCGCGCGGGGCAUCAAGAGUGCGUGUAAGGCCGGCGCCCCGCUACGGCUCCUCUCUGCGCGUGGCGGCUGCAGGGGCAGCAGCUGGGGCUGCGGCGGGUGUGGCUGCGGGCCUUGCCACUGGCUCUGGCUGGAGGAGGACCUCAGGGCCUGGAGAGCUAGGCCUGGAGGAUGAUGAGACCGGGGCAAUAGGAGGCAAUGGGACCGACCGAGGAGUCUACAGCUACUGGGCCUGGACUUCUGGCUCAGGGUCCGUGCACAGUCCACGUUUUUGUCUGCUUCUGGGCGGCACCCUUGGUGCCCUAGAACUGCUUCGGCCCUAGACCAGGCUAAGCUCCAUCCCAGGUCUAGCUUCUAGUCUGUCUUAAGGCCUCUAGGGCUCAUCCUAAUGACCUCCUGACCAGGGGAUCACUUCUUUUUGCUGACUAUGAUUCUCCAGCCCAGACAACAGUUUGGCCAUUCUGGGCCCACAAGGCCUCUUGCAAUUUGCGAAUGCAGUUCACUCCCUUGCCCAUCCCAGUCUCCCAGUCUCCCACCCUGGCAGGAACUAACAGCUCUACUACCAGAGAGGCAGGCUGCCCUCUACCCUCCUGAACUGCCCAAGCAGGCAUGCCUGUCUGCUUGCCCACCCUGACACGAGAACAUGAACAAUACUGACCACCAAGAAGAGGCCAUCCUCGGGUGGGCCCGUCUGAUUCUGCCACUGAAGCCCCAAAGACCUUGGGCCUCCCAUGGAAGCAGAGGGAAUAGAUCACUUCCCUCUGGACUUAGGACUUGAUGAAGAGAGCAUUCACUUGGACUGCAGUGUGAGAAAUGUCAGGUGCUAAUCGCCUGCCCAGAGCAGGUCCUAAUGAUGUCAUAGCUCAGAAUCAUCCAGAGCAGGAAAAUAUCCACUCCAGGACACCCACCGUGGACCUCCUACAACAUGCAAAGAAAACCAAGGUAGUAUGUUUCUUCCUGGCAGACUGCCUAAGAGACCUUGUGUCCACUUGGAGCCACUUGGCUCUAAGGUCCACUUAACUGUUCCUAAAAUCCACUGGGGUAGGGGUUUUGAAUCCACUUUCAAAAACAUUCCAUUCCAUAUGAACUUUAGGUUCCCGAGUGAGGGUCACUUGGGUACAAUACCAAUCCUGCUGGGGGCUUCUUUGUAUAUAACCCAAACUGCAAGAUUCCCACAGUUCCAGUGGAUAGCGGCAUUUCAUGUUGGGAGACCCCUCCCUUGGAAACCGAUGGACGGGGAGGUGAGAGAGUAUGGCACAAUUGGCAGCUGACAGUCUGCACAGUGGAGGGGGCAGCAGUUCUUCGGGCCCACCGCUGCCAGAAGAAAGCUAACAGACAUAGAAGGUUGUGAGUGUGACCAUCCAUAUGCAUCCCAAAAACAGCUGAAGUGCUAAGUGGCCUCAAAGAGUUACACUAUAGUUCUCACAAGAAUCUACCUUUGAGCAGACUGGCUUCUUGCUGUUCCAGGGCCCACUAGCACAUCUUUGCCGCAAGGAGUGAUGGGUCUCCGGGACUCAGUCAAUAUAUACAAUGCUAGCUCAGCAUACCUCUGGUUAGUGUACAGGUUUCAAGGCUAUUGGCAGGAUCCUAGCCAAGUAUUUUCUUGACCAACAAAUUGCAGGAUGCAACUCCCUGCAACUUCUAUUCACACUGCCAGUGUUCUUAGGCACAGUCAGCCCAGAUGUUCCUCUGUCCCUAAUAGACCAAGCUUAAAACCACCAAGACCAACCAGCAAGCUAAGGGCCAAGCCCACUUGGGUCCUCAAAGGCAGGUGCUGAUGCAUCAAGUCUGGUAUAGGGAAAACCACCAGCGCUCCUUCAACUUGUCCAACACCCAUGAGGAUGGACUAUAUGGACCAGACCUUCAUGUACCACAGAGUAGCAUGUGUUAGUUCUGGGCGUUGUGUACAUAUCACCUUUUAAUGAUUACUUCACAUUCACCAAUUCUCUAGAGGGCUUGAGCAUUUGGCACAGCCACACAUCUCUGAAUACCUUCCCCACUAGCAGAACUAUAGAUGCUGAGUGAGAAUCUCAGAGGAGACGACUUAUACUGCAGCCACAGCAAGAGGCAACAGUGGAAGGCUAGCCCCUGCUAUCAGCCAUCCACAAGAAGCAGAGAGCCUGCUGAGCACUGGUUCAAGCAACUAUGGAAAGCUCAGGUCAAUACUGAACAGAGGAGACUGGAACUCCUGAGCAGGGACAGCCCGGCUGGUCCAAUGGCACUUCCUGUCUGUAUCAACCAACCCCUCACCUCUUCUUUUUAGACAGCAAGCUGCUGGCAGCAACAUCUUCUAGGUGCCCACAGGUACGUGGAGGUCAACCAUGCUGGCACAUGCCCUCUGCACCGCUCCUGCAGCCACCAUGGUUUCAGUGGCUAGACUGUGAUCCCCUUCCAGUGAUCCUCUGGUCUAUACAAAAUUGAGUCUACAGCAGAUGGCCUCCUGAGGUACAGGCCCUGAAGUGCAAGGAGCGGACACUCCUGGACUUCACUGCUGCAAACCUCCUGUCCGUGUCUGUGCACUUUAUCAGUGAGGAGUUCGUUGUGAAAUAAAACCCUCUGCUGGUAAAUGCUUUUCCCUCCUUGCAGGACUCUGAGACCCUUGGAAAUCUGACUUAGGAACCCCAGUCCCCUAAUCUACCAAUCUCCAGCAUUCAUUGGUGGAAGGGGAUUUAGCUUAUGGGCUCAACAUACUAAGUGCACAGUGAAAAAGCCAUCAGAAAAUAGGUCUUUUAAUCGGUGUCAUGGCAUACACCUGUAUAAUCCUAGCACUCAGGAGGCUAAGGCAGAAGGAAUGUGUUUGAGACCAGCCCAAGCCACAUGAUGAAACUUUGACUGAAAAUAGCAAAAAAAUAAAUAAAGUAAAAUAAGAGAA